AUGGAGCCAGUUGGGUUGGUGAUCGGGUAUGUCGGAUUUACCACUGCCCUACUCCAACAGGUAGACGACAUUGCCAAAGCUUUCGACCAAGUCAAAGACAAUUCAGGGCAAGCUAGCAAUUUUAAUGUUGAAAUUAGAGCAUUAAAAGAGACACUCUUGGUGGUUCGUGACCUUGCAGAACAACAAGGUACCGAGGAAGCCAAAGUGCAGACCUUGGCUAUAUUGGCGGCAGAGAGUAGGAGUUUGGGGGCUCUUCUUGGUGAGUUGCAGCUCAGGGGCAGCAAAUUGGAUUCUAGCUCCCUUUGGCAACGUCUCAGCCGUACGAAGGUCAAACAAAUAUUAGAGCGAGUCAAAGGCCACCGCGAGACUCUUGACCUGCUACUGUCUACGUCGGGAUUCCUGUCUCCAAAUGACAAUUCAGACGGAACGAACCAGGGCGAACCCUCAGGACCUUCUGCAAACAUCAUCACAGAAUGGUUGGGGUAUCCAAACUUCUCAGAAAGGCUCGAGGUCUUGCAGGAUCGAUAUGUCACCGGGACUGGGACAUGGCUACUUGAAAAUCCUUUGUUUCAGCAGUGGCUGAAGGAGCCUGGCAAGCCCUUGUGGUGUACUGGUCAAGGUGAGCUUCUCGGUUGCACAUCUAUACGUCCCCACGGUUGCUAA